UCUCAUAUUUCCUCAAUGACACGCGGGGAGAACCCAAAAUGCAAUAGCGCCUAUUGGUUUGAACACACCUCUUUCAAGCCAAGCCGCGAUUGGCUGGAGGGGGCGGCGCUGUGCGUGUGCGCGGCAGUGUCACCGGCUACGAUCAGUACCUUGUGCGUGGAUCAGCCCCCAGCAACAUCAGCGGCCGGGGUUCUCAGCCCUUCUUCCCUAUCGCGCUCUCAGCGGAUUUUGCCCAUCAUCAUCAUCAUCAUCAUCAUCGCCUCAUCUUCUGGGAUCUCGCUGUCUUUCUCAGUCAACAUGCACAUAAAGGAAGAUAUGAACCCAGUUCUUCUCUACCUUCUCCAUUUUCUGAUGUGGCUUUAUGGUGUUGUUACAUUUGUGCCAUGGUUCCUGCUGUCGGGCGCACGAGACAGGCAGGUCCGAGCCAGUCGUGUAAAGGCAAAACCUGUUGGAGACAAGCCACAGAGUCCGUACCGAUCAGUGGACAGCUUCCAUAGCCUCGCCUCUACCCUAUACAAAGGCUGUGACACCCUGGAUAAGGUCUUCAAACAUGGCACUGAACUAUUCAAACACAGCGACUGCUUGGGUACCCGAGAGGUACUGAGUGAAGAAGAUGAGGUCCAGCCUAAUGGCAAAGUUUUCAAAAAGGUGAUCUUGGGAAAGUACAACUGGAUGUCCUAUGAGGAGACCUACUUGUUUGCUUCACAGUUUGGAAGUGGUCUUGCCGCACUGGGUCAGAAACCCAAGUCCAACAUUGCCAUAUUCUGCGAGACUCGAGCGGAGUGGAUCAUAUCGGCUCAGGCCUGCUUCAUGUACAAUUUUCCACUUGUUACGCUGUAUGCAACUCUGGGUGGCCCUGCCAUUGCACAUGGACUUUCCGAAACAGAGGUGACACACAUCAUCACCAGCAAGGAGCUUCUGCAAACAAAGCUAAAGGCUAUACUCCCUCAGGUCCCUCUUCUUAGACACAUUAUCCUUGUGGAUGGCAUGGGCACUCAGCAGACUGAUUUCCCUAAGAAUAUCACUGUACAUAGUAUGGGCGCAGUGCAAGCCUUUGGAGCAAAACAACUGAAUAAGCAGCAUUCGUACCCUGAGGCUCAUGACAUUGCUGUAAUUAUGUAUACAAGUGGCUCAACCGGCAUUCCAAAAGGAGUCAUGAUUUCUCACAGUAACUUGAUAUCGGGCAUCACAGGGAUGGCACAAAGGAUACCUAACCUGGGGGACACUGACACAUACAUUGGAUACCUGCCUUUGGCACACGUCUUGGAGCUAAGUGCUGAGUUGGUUUGCCUGUCACGAGGUUGCCGUGUGGGCUACUCCUCACCACAGACACUAUCCGACCAGUCCACGAAAAUCAAGAAAGGAAGCAAAGGAGACGCAUCAGAACUUCAGCCAACUCUGAUGGCAGCUGUCCCUGAAAUAAUGGACCGCAUUUAUAAGAAUGUCAUGAGCAAAGUGGCCACUAUGAGCCCUGUACAGAAAGGCCUUUUCUCCCUGGCUUACAACUACAAGAUGAAGCAGAUUUCCAGAGGUUACAGCACUCCUGUGUGUGACAGGGUCGUGUUUUGGAAAGUGAGGAAGCUGCUAGGAGGGAAGUUGAGAGUUCUGCUGUCUGGUGGAGCCCCACUUUCUGCAGCCACCCAACGUUUCAUGAACAUUUGUUUCUGUUGCCCAGUGGGACAAGGAUAUGGCCUGACCGAGACCUGCGGAGCUGGCACCAUCACAGAAGUGUGGGACUACAGCACUGGCAGGGUAGGAGCACCAUUGGUCUGUUGUGAGAUAAAGCUAAAGAACUGGGAAGAAGGCGGGUACUAUAACACAGAUCGGCCAUGUCCAAGAGGUGAGAUCCUGAUUGGUGGGCCCAACGUUACCAUGGGCUACUACAAAAACCAGGUCAAGACUCGGGAGGACUUUUUUGUGGAUGAAAAUGGACAGCGCUGGUUUUGCACUGGGGACAUAGGGGAAUUCCUUUCUGACGGUUGCUUAAAAAUCAUUGAUCGGAAGAAGGACUUGGUAAAGCUUCAAGCAGGGGAGUAUGUUUCUCUGGGAAAAGUGGAGGCCGCUCUGAAGAACCUUACCAUUGUUGACAACAUCUGUGCGUAUGCAAACAGUGACCAAUCCUAUGUCAUUGGCUUUGUGGUACCAAACCAAAAGGAGCUGUUGAAGCUGGCGGAGAAGAAGGGUGUACAAGGAUGCUUGGAGUCUCUGUGCAACAAUGCUAUCAUGGAGAGGGAAGUGCUGAAGGUGCUUGCUGAGUCUCCUGCAGCAGCCACCCUAGAGAAGUUUGAGGUCCCUGCAAAGAUCCGUCUAGCUUCUGAACCUUGGACCCCUGAGACCGGACUGGUGACCGAUGCCUUCAAACUCAAGCGCAAAGAACUGAAGAGUCACUACCAAGAGGACAUUGAGCGGAUGUAUGGGGGGAAAUGAAGUACGCUUUCCAUUCCAUCCAGGAAGGCCACUUAUUUAUUGCUCCCUUUGAAGGCCCCUCUUGCAGCCAUUGGGUCUAAAUCCGGCAAGUCUGUUACAAGGACCUGAGAUCAAAAAUGGAAAAGCUUGAACUUCCCUGUUGCAAAACCAUAAACCAAACCACAUUAUAAAAGGAAAACCUUUGUGAUGAAACAAAAACUAGAAUUUAACUUUUUAGUCUGUAGUUGUAGAUUUGGGGGUACUCUGCAGAUUGCAGCCUUCUGCUGAGUUUCUAGUGAAAUAGGAGUGCUAUCUCAGUGGUCUGUAUUUUCGUUGCCCUAAGAACAGAGACUGUUUUCCAGAUACAGAAUUUUGUGCAAUAUCUGACCAUUCUUCUGCCUUACAUGCUGGAAUCAACAAAACUGGAACUUCGGUCUGCGAGGCACAGGGCAAAUGAGUCGCUUGCAGGUACAAUUCUGGGCCAUUUUAUAAAGAUUUUCUAUUUAAAGCAGCAGUCUGCAAGGUUAUUUUUCUAUUAAGUCAGCGAUAUACAAACUUAAAUAUGUGCAAUUCUCUCAGGUAAAUCUACUUUAAACAGCCCCCCACUGUGCCUAAACUUUUUAUUAUACCCAGGGAAAGAUAGGGGCCCAUUCACCCUAUACAGACAUUCACAUACAGACUUGACAAGGAAAGAACAUCAAACAUGGACUGGAAUUGAAAGGGAAACCUUUUUAACUCUAGUUUUUUUUUUUUAAUAUAGUACUAAUGUAGUCUGUGGCAGGAAUAGAAGUUGCAGAGACCCCCAGCAACCACUGGAGUUGCCAAGUCUAUAAAGUCUAAGUAGAAUUUGUGUUCACACUGUAGCUCUGUUUAUCUGAAGGUCUUCUCCUGACAUUGUUUGCCCCUUCUGCACCACAAUAAUUGGCGAAUCACUGCACAGACCUGCUUAUUUUAUUUUUUUUUGUCCCUAACUGUGCUUGAAACCCAAUCUGGGUCAUAUUCAUAAGUUCCAAGAAAAAUAUGAUGGCUUUCUCUUUGAAGUAACUGCUCAGUCGGAGUACCUUCAGUGUUAAUAAAUAAACCAAGCACAGAGCAAGUACCAUCUAAUCAUGUGAGAAGUAUCUCCUUCUCCACUGCAUCCGCAUGAAUCUUCCUUUCCCCUACAUGGAGGGUGCAGUUGCUAUUUACACACUGCUGCUAUUUAGAUCAGCCAAGGACCUCUACACAUUGAUCCAACUAGCAGGUGUCUAGCAAAGUAAAGGUGACUAUACACGGGCAGAUUAAAACAGCCGAUAUUGGUCCAUUAGAUCGAUUCGCUUACAGUAUCUGCCAGUGUAUGGGGGCUACCGACUGGUCUCCCCGAUCAAUAACAGGCCAAAAAUCAGCCAGAUAUUGAUCGACUAGUUGAUGUGGUCCUGCGCCCAUUCUCUUCGAUGUAAUCCGAACUUUUACAUUAACCCGAUUUCGCCCUAACGUUGGUGAGCGUAUCUGAGUAUGAUCCAACUUACUGUUUGUGGCCAUCUUAAAAUGGAGGGCAUUUUUAUUGAGCUUAAGAUGGCCACACAUCAAAAGAUCGUGUGGCAGGGUCACCAAACGAGCAGAUCUUUCACUGAUAAUGCCCACCUUCAGAGACGACAGAGAUACACAGGCUGUGGGAGUGAGGACUGCAUCAAUUAGCUUAUACAGUCCUCACUCAAACAGGAUUUUUAAACCUGUCCAAUCGAUUUCUGGUCCAUUUUCUGCGAGUUAUCAGUUGGGUAGGCCCAUAUAUGGGCAGAUAAGCUGCUGAUUGAACUAAAGGGGCUGAAUUAGCAGCAAAAAUGUACCCCUGUAUGGCCAGUCUCAUUUAAAUUGUACCUCUAAGAGCCUUUAAGGGUAGGAUUACAUAGGCGUUAUUUGUGCGAUCAGACGUGCUGCGUAAAAACGCAUGCUUCGAGACACCAUCCAAAUGUUGGAUGGUGUCGCAUAGUUUAUCCGACACGACUGUCGGAUUCAGGUGCAGCGUCUACAUCCGACAGACGUGUCGCGUCGGAUCAACAAUGCGACACCAUCCAACAUUUGUAUAUCUUAUCUUACUUCCCUCGCAUCCAACUUCACGCCUGCGUUUUUGAGCAGUGCUCAGAUCAUCUGCAUAUUAUAUAGUAAUUACCUCUGCAGCAAAGCUAUUUCGCUUCCCUCAAUUUACCAAUCAAAAUAUAGGCAUGCCUGUCCACAGUCGCAGUAUAUAACAGCUUCGUAUGGAGAAAGAAAAAAUAAAAUGAAUAGAAAUUUAGUGAUGCCUUGUAAUAUUACCUUCUUGAGACUUUUCAUUAACAAGUGCUAGUGUUUCCUUUACAAUCUGCAGCCACUAUUAAGGACUGCUGCGCAUAUCAUAUCUAUAAAAACGUUUAUUUUGGUAGCACUCUCCUUGGCAAACCUAUGAAGGUGAGAAAGCAUGAGAAUUGUGUCACUGACAACCAACACUGAGAUCGGGUACCAGAUAAGAACCACGGGUUUUAGCUAUGUUUCUCAGUGGUUUUUUUUUUACUGUGAAUGUGCUGCUUUACAAUGCUGAAGAAAUUAUUUUUUUUAAAUAUUUGGAGACCCUCUUGUUGCACCCACUUCUUUAUGAUGGCCCUAUGGACUUCCAUAUUGAACUACAGCAAACCAUCUAGGGUUAGGGUUUCAGUUCUAGGUCAUAGAGUUUAAAGCAAGAGGUAAUGAACCAUAAUUACCUGUCUGUACCCCUUUGUCUGAUUAUGUUGCUCGACUAUGACAUGUGGCAUCAUCUCUCUCUGGAGGUUGCUGAGUUUGGAGCUCCCAUUACUGCGACAUAUUCUCCUGUAUUGGUUAUACAAGGCUGUAUCUUUCUGUUAAAACCCGUCCAUGGGAGCGUUGCCGAUGUUUGCACAUUAUUUCCUGGGGUUGACCUGAAGCAGCAGAGUCUGGAAAAGAGGAUUACUGGCUUCCAUUCAACUUUUGUUUUUUAUGAACGGACUUUACUUAACUCUGUAAAUUAUCUCCAUUCUACAGAAAGUUUACUGACAUAUGUGUGGUCACUGACCUAUACGUCUUGCUGCAAUGUGGGCUGUUCAGUACCAAAAGAACGCUGUCUCUAGAUGUUACUCCAUAUUAGGACCAUCAAUACGGACAAAACCCUCAAACAUGGAACAAGUGCGAUUUAAGCGACCCCCAAAAAAUUAUUUUUAUGUACCCCAGAACUAUAAUUCCUAUCUCGAAAUCCCAGACUGCUGCUUUAAAUAUCUAUCAAAUCAGACCCAAACCAGUGCAAGAGGCGGUGAGAUUUGUAGAUGAUCAAAAACAGCUUUGUACAAAAUGAAUCUUGACCAGAGGAAUCCAGGGUUAUUGCUUCCACUUGGGCCUUCUGGGUGUUUUCCCCCUGAACACUGAGUGGUGUACUAUAUGUAAAUGUGUGUGUUAGUUGUUCUGUGGUAUCUUAUUAGCAUUGUAUUUGUGCUCUGAUACAAUAGCCUAUAGUUUAACACAGGUGACUAUGUAUCAGCCAAGCCCUAAAUCUUUGCAGUCUCCGGUGUGUUGUGUUAUUUUGUGCUUUCUCGGUUCUGAUUGGGUUUGUUUGUGGCUGAAAGAAAAAAAAAAAAGCAAAAGGGUUAUAAAUGCACAAAGAACAUGACUGCCCAUUUGCACCUUGCCUUUGGCUAGGCACAUAGUAAACGGAGCCCUCCGGUUUGCAUGAAAUGGGCAAGGUCAUGCUGGCACCAUUUAUUGACCGUUUGGCAUCAGAUUAUAUUCACUCCAUUUUAGUGGUAAAAAAAAAAAUUCCAUCAUUUACAAGUGGAAAUUUCUCUUCCUUAAUAGGUAAUUGGUUUAUAUCCCAUAUUCUGCCAUGUUUACAUAGUCAAUUUGCUGACUUAAUAUUGGGGGGGGGGGGGGUAGACAAAAAAUAGCUGGCUGCUGUAUCACUUGUACUUUGACGUCUGUUUAAAGUGUGACUUUCCUGCCUGGGUAGCUGUACUUUCCCAAAACACAUGGGUUUACAGUAAUAGUAACUCAACAGUUUCUCCUUAUUAACACACAAUCUGCUAGGAAGGUGAUCAAGAAAUACAGGAGAAUUAAACCCUGUCCUUCCAUCACCCUCAGAUUAUAUUCUAAAUCACACAUAUGUACAAAGAUUCCAUAAAAUUGUAACAAUAGAGGCUGGUGAAAAUGCUAACUUUGCUGUUGUGUCUCCAGCACAGACAGGUAUGGGCUUUCCUCAUACUAAAGGGGUGGAUAUGUUCCCAUGAGCUGUUACUAAUGUACAUGCUUGGCGUAAAAACUCAAAUUCAUGAUCUCCUGGCUACAUUGAAUCAGCUGUUGUAUACACUCCACAGCUAGAAACAAUGCCUUAAACUGGCCAUAGACGCAAAGAUUUGAUCAUACGAAUCUCCGUUUCAUACGAUUUUCAGGCCGUGUGUAGAGUGUUCCAACAUUUUUCGUACCGUGGCAAUCGGUCGUUCAGAUGGGUUAGAAAAUUUCGGUCGGUUACCGAUAAUAUCUCUGUAUGUAUUGCUGAUCUGACGGUAUCAGUGGGAGACUGUCACCAGCUUUUGUCGGACAUAACUUUCAUACGAUUGUUGUCAGGGGCAGAACAUCGGUUGAUCUGUUCUUUUUUACUUUAUUUGAUCUGAAUGGUUAGUGGCAGGUCGGGAGAUGGCACCGAACGAUCGUCCGUCCCAUAUGAAGAUAAAUCGGCACGUCUAUGGCCAACAUUAACUCUCAAUAGUAAGCAGCUUAAAUGUGUUUUUAUCAAUCUGUAUGCUCAGUUACCCUUUAUAUAGUCUUGUCUGCCCACUGCAUGGGAAUAUUAUUCAGACAUUUCUGCAGAAACGAGUCUGCUGCUUUACCAUAGGAUCCCGAUGGCUGUUUGCUCUGUAUAGGUGGAAGCGGUAAAUAUGCUUCAGGAGAGAGUAAGAGAACACAAAUUGUCCAGGUUUUUAAUGAGUGAUAUAUAUAUUCAUUUUACCUUUUUUUUAUUGUCCUAAUUGACUCUUUUCCAAAGAGUUGAAUACAGGGUCAAGCCCCAGAAGAGAAAAAUGAGCAGUCGCCUCUACCUAAACGUAUAAAAUUGUGCUCAUAUCUUUGAAAUUAUCAUAAAGGAGUAUUGUUUUUUGUUUGCAAUUGUAACUGCAUUCUCUGUGGAUAUGCUUGUCCCCUGGUUGUAUUUGCUAAUGUGCUCCAGCAGUUCAUGUAUCUCGUGUAUAAAAACGUCCAAACAAUCCACCAAGUCUCCUUCCGUCUUCUCAAUGGCCUAAUACAUUUGGACCAUUUAGCAGCCGUAAGAUGCACAUUCCACUAUUGUUUCAUCUUUGUGCACUACCCUAUCAUUAUUGUGAUGCACUCGUGCUUCUGUGAAGCAGCUUCCCUAGCUGAUAUACAGCUUGAUGUUCAGCCAUGACCGUAAUGCUGAAUAAAUUAACCAAUGACAUAGAGUGCCAUUUAAUCUUGAGUGUAGAAGUGGUGGAAUUCUGAUUGUGCUGCAAUGCUUUGGUGACUGCUCCAGUGUGUAGGCAGCAAGCUGCUUUGUGCCCAGGAAUGAGAGUUGGGGCACCUUUUAGAAAUGUAUUAAACCUGUGUUAACAGAACACCUGCUUCCCAAUAUUUGUAAACUGUGUAACUUACCCUUUCAACUCUUUGUUCCUUUUUGUGUGGAAUGUCUUUUUUUUUCAAGGUGUUUUCAACGGGUUCUGUUAAAAAAACAACAAAAAAAACAAAAAAGGAAGCAAAUGUCACUUUUGGGUUCUGCUAAGUCAAGUUUAUUUAUUUGUAACUAAAUGGUUUGAAGUUUUCCAAUAAACUCUGUGAAUGGA